CAGCGUACACAAUAUAUCCUACAAAUGUACAGUGUGGUGUAAGUAAGAAGAUGCGGCUCCAUAAAAACUAGCAUUUUGGGAUGUUUACAACUAAUCUAAGGAUAUAUUUCUGUUUUCUGUGAUCUCAUAAAAGACUUUGAAGCACGAUGGCCGCAAAGGAUACAAUGGAUCAGUGUUCAUUCGUGCUAAAAACGUUUGUUUUGGUGGGGAUCUUAUUCGUCGGGAGUUGCGUACACUACGCCGAUGCUGUUUCAGAUGGGACCAACAGUUCGUCAGCCGCGACUGGCAGCGGUGCUCAGGGAGAUGAGGACCUCUCACCCCUAGAAAAAGGAACACAACCUUUAUUUUUCGUCACCAAUUUCUUCCUGAAUUCAAUACUACAGCCGAACACUAGUGGGAUACCCAUAAACUUUGCAGUUGUUUUUGGGAAUGGUACUGGUACAGUUGAUCUUUUUGCGGUGUUAACGACUGCCGAGACAGAAUGGUCAAAAUAUGUAAUGCACUACUUGGGCUUCUUGAUAUGCUUUGCACUGGGCAUAAUCUUCAUCAUUGUGAUGCCCAUUGUGGGCCUGUGUUUCUGCUGCUGUCGUCUCUGUGGCAGAUGUGGGGCGCGGCCAAACCCAAUGGAUAGCAAACACGCCAAAUGUAAAAGAGUGACGUUUGGGACGUUUUUAUUCAUCGUCACAACCUUUAUGCUUGCUGCCACUGUCUGUGCUUUUGUCACCAAUGAUCUCAUACACAAGCAGGCAUCAGAUGAUGACAACGGUUUUGUGGGGUCCGUCAGUAGUAACAUCGAGGGGGUGGAGCAAUACGUCUCAAACACUGCAACGGAAUUAAAAACAACGGUGCUGAAUAAAUUCGAUGAAACGAAAGCGAAAAUAAUCGCCGACGUGAAAUCUAUAUCAACGAAAGUCCAAAACGAUAUCGGACAACUCACAAAUGCUGGACCAUUACUAGACAAUGCUACUAAGCUUGCAGAAGAUGUAACAACCCUCAGGAAAGGUUUAGAGGUGACGCGGGAUUUGACAAGUAAGCUCAUAACGGAUGCCAAAACCCUCGAGACUCAGCUCGGUAAUGUCCGUACAGACGUGAAAGGUGCACUCGGCGCCUGCUCAACUAGUUUGUGUAACACUGUGUCAACUGAGACGGAUAAACUCAAGGUCAACAUCGAAUUCACCAAGGUUAACCAGACGCUGGCCAACGUUGAUGGAGUUAUCCAGAAGUUAAAGGAUAUUGAGGGCAAAAAUAUCACAGCAGAGAUAAAUAAGGGCAAAGCAGACUACAAUGAAAUUUCUGCCAACAUUUCAAAGAGCGUCCAGUCGUACAUUAAUCAGUCUGAAACAGCCAUCAAUGACAUUAAGGGGAAUAUAGAGCAGCAGCUGACCAAAAUGAGUGAUAUGUUGUCGGACAUGACAAAACAGUUGGAGACUGCCAGACAGACAGUCGAGAAGUUUAAACCCGAGGUCAAGAAAUAUGGCGACUAUGUGAUGUACGGUGGUAUUGCCCUGAGCUGCAUCCUACUCCUGGUCGUCCUCCUGAACUUCCUUGGGCUGAUGUUCGGAGCAUGCGGUGAGAGACCUUACGAGGAUGCACGGGCCUGCAACAAGGGGGUGGGCGCUGACUUCCUGAUGGCUGGGGUUGGAUUCACAUUCCUUUUCUGUUGGCUCCUGAUGCUGAUGACCAUGAUCCUGUUCAUUAUUGGCGGACCUGUGGAGACCGAGGUCUGUCGGCACUUGGUUGAUCCAAUCAACAGUUCGCAGAUUGAGCAAAUUGAUGAGUUCUUGAACCUUGGCCAGUACAUUUUCCCGGGAAAGAAUACCGAGUUGAGCGUGCAGGAAGUCCUAAAGAAAUGCAGUGAAGAUGCUGCCAUUUACAGCGCCCUCAAGUUGAAGAAUUUGUUGGACGUCAGCAAGAUCAUCGACGAUGCUAUGAAAACAGUAGACCAAGAAGUUGAUAAAAUCGCAGCACAAAUUAAGAACGUGAAGAUUGAUAACAUAGUGUUGCUUCCGCCGGAUGCCGAUAAACUGCUCACCGAUGUAGUCAACUCAGAUUAUAGUACCAUCAACUUCCAGGACUCCUUGGAUGAACUUAAGAAGCAGCUCCUUAGUAUUUCACUUUCUACCUACAUCACAGCGCUUGAAGGAGUAAAAGGUGAACCAGGGGUGGACCAAGCUAAGAUACAGACCAGCAUCACCACCCUCAAUGAUCUGAGCAAGGAUUCAGGACUUAUCAAGACGAUGAACACAGAUAUUGAUGCCCUCAAAAAACAGAUGACCGACCUCUCAUCGGCAAACAUUCAGACCAGUGCAGGCGAUCUGAAAACCGGAUUAGAAAAUGCGCAAUUGAAUAUAAAUACUAAUUUCGGCACACUCAUCGCGAAGGCUGCCAAUUCAACUGCAGUUUCCAUAAAGCAGAAUGCCAGGGUGCUAGGAAACCAACUUGUUUAUGAGUUGGAGAAUAAUAUAGGCAAAUGUAAACCGUUAUAUGAUUCAUUGAUGGGACUCAUCAACACCACAUGCAAGAAAACACUCAACCCACUCAAUGGAUUCUGGUUUGCAUUUGGCUGGUGUUUAUUCUUCUUCAUUCCAAGUCUGAUAUUCAGCGUCAAGUUGGCGGGUUUAUAUCGCAAGACAGAAAAAUACUCCGCUAAAGAGUUUGAUGACGCAGUCGAUGACCGCUCCCCUUGUCAUCAUUUCCAAGCUGAAGACCCUGGUCCUCUCGCAAAAAGAAGGAGUUGGUCUAAAUUGACCAGACGGCACGAGAAAAAUGACCAUCGAAAAAAAGAUGUCGUUAGAAAGCUGUCCAGUGAUGCUAAUAAUUACCACGGUAUCUACCCUGGAGAUAACAUUCCACUCAAUGAGCCAGACACUUACACGUACUCUGCCCACAUCCCAGCUAGAGUGUUGCAAAUGAGGAACAACCCCAAACACUAUCGCGAUGGUCGUGGCUUACAGAAUACCGGUUAUGAAAGAGAUAGUAACGGCCCAGGCCGUAGUGAUCAGAGAAAUGCUAACCCUGCUCAUAAUCCUGACUAUAAUCCUGACCACAGAGGUGGGUACGGUGAUGGGGGGUCUUCGCGGGCAGGCCAAGGAUAUCCUGAUGAUUAUCAUCCACAUUCUGGGCCACCCGCUUAUUCGGCACCCUCUCCGCCACAUUGGCAAAAUAACCGGUACUAUGGACACGGGGGAGGGAAUGGAUACUGAGCUGCCAUACGCCACACCUGCCCGGCGCCCGUACAUGCCCGGGGAGCAAGCAUCUCGUGAUCACACGCCAUAUGGGUUUUCUUACGGACCGUAUUUAUAGGCCUUGAUUCUUUUAACAAUUUGAACAUUUACACAAUUAUUUUACAAGUAACAAUGUGGGGAAGAUCUCUGUUGGCUGAGCUAGCCAUAGGAAGCGCUGUGUCCAUAAACUCUGUCACCAGUAUAUGUCCAGAACACUUUGACCGUACAUGUAUGAUGCUGAAAAGUUCGUCACCAUAAUUUGUCAAUAAGUCCUGAGCCGUAUCGGCCAAUUAGAAAACUAGGUGACCUUGUGAUAGGACUUGGGGGUUGUUCGGAGCCAUAUUCUUCAACUUGGAGGAUUGGAAGCCACCGUGAGACGUAACCUGGAGGUCGCACGGAGGAACUGAUUCGAGAUGCAAAUCUAGAUAUUCUCGAGACCUGAAAUGAACAUAGCAUCCAAAUUUCAUGCAGAUGCCCAAAAUUGUACUUGGUUCGAUUAUCAAAUUUCCGGUAGCAUGAUUUCAAUGCAUAGGUUUUCUGGUCAAUCAUUGUGUUACGAUUUGUACCCUGCUUGAAUGUGGCAGACGACAGGGGCAAUAAUUCCUUUUGGUUUGAUAGAGGGCGCCCUCAGUUGCUUCAAGACCAGCUACCAUACUUUUAUGCUAUUGUUCUAUAGGACUUCCGGCAUUAAGUCAAGGGCAUCCUAAGACUUUUAUAACCCUAUGAAAGUAGAAGUCAUCGACUGAUCACGAAUUUGCUCAGUAUUUUUGUAGAUUCAUUUUCAUAUACAUGUUCAUUUUAUGAUCCAAUGAUGUCUUAUUUAUCUGCGUACAUAAUUUAUUGUUCUGUAAUCAGUCAUGCACAUCAACGAAUGUACGAGUCUAAAUCGCCCCGCAAACAAUCAAGUUUCAUUGCAGCAACUUGCAAUAAUUAUUAUUGCGAUAAGAAAUAAACAUUCCAAGUCUGACAGUAAAACUGGUCUGCUUGGUUUGACAUCUAUCCCAGCAUACAGUGAUGAUCAGGUUUUCACAGCAGGCACCUGCAGUGACUUAUGCAGACAGGCUAUUUUUAUUGCAUGCGAUAAUUAUUGCACGUCAUUGCAAUAAAUGACUCAUUUGUUGGACGCUUAUUGUGUGCACCGGACGACCUGAAAUAGUGUAGUUUGUUUCGAAUCUUGAUCAGUUUUGAAAAUUUCACAUGCAGAAACCUGUCGAUUCGUUUAUAAGUUACCUGUACAAGAGGCAGUAGCAGAGACAACUCGCCCAUUAUUAUUUAUCUUUGUUGUUAUUAAAUCGCCGCACAGUAGAUAGUCCGAUUCAUGAAACACAGAUAUUGUUAACUUGGUUUGAUUGUCUGAUACAGGUUGGCGCAAUUGCUGUACAUUUUGCUUUCGGCACAAAUAGAUGUAAAAAAUAUUGUUUGCUUCUCGACUUGGCUUUUGUGAAAUGGAACUUUUAAUGGAAAUUGAACUGCCUAAGCUUCUACAUUGUAUACUCAAUAAUGCAGGGUUUGGUUAGGGAAUGAACCUUAGGUCCAUAAUCAUUUACUAUGGAUAGCACAACUAGCGUCGGGAUUUUGUCCCCCAGGAUAGAAUCAUCAUCACCAUCAUCAUCAUUAGUUUUGGCUUGGUGGGCCAGACUUUAGCCUUGGGGCGGUAAUGGUCGAAUAAAUAAUAUGGUAAAUGAUGUGUGGCAUUCUGACUGUUGUGGUGAAGAACAUUGUAUACAACCAAAAGGUGUAAACAAUCACUUGAAACUCUUUGGAUACUCAUUUGUCUACUAAUCUUAUGACUCCUAACUCGAUUGUGUUCUUGAUCUGCUUUUCAUUUUCAAGGAUAGCUGGCUUGGCUAAAUGAUGCUAUUGCUGAGUAAAGAUGGUAUCAGAGCAUCAGUUUGUUGUGAAAUAGAUAUAUGAGUUUAGUUUUCACACUUUAACAAGUUUGUACUUGUUGUGUGCAGCCCAUGGCUUAAAUUAUCAAAUAUAUCAAAAAUAGUGGAGACACUUGUGUGGCUGGUUCAAUUGAUAAACAUGAGGACCUAUGGAAUUAUCUUGUGUCUAAUAUGGAGCCUUGUCUUGGAUGUUUUUAAAAAAAAUGGCUGUUUUAGUUUCUUUUAGGCUCGGUGUUUAAGUCUAUAGGGUGGUUGGUGAAAUCCUGGAAGUCCUGUUGCAGAUCUCUAUUGGUCUGUUCCUCCCAUCCAGUCCCACCUGGGUGCUACAUCAUUUUGUCUAUCUGACUCAGUGACCGCACAGAAAAAAGCGUUGUUGACCAACUGUCUAUAGACUUGACUCUGUGUUUCUAGAGUAUAAACGAUUGUAAACAUAGUAGAUAUGGUGCUAUGUGUAUGUAUGUGUGUUUGGAAAGUCACCGUGUGCAUGACUGUUGUAAAUCACGCCAAUUUUAUAAAGUUGUGGAAUCCUCAAGUACGGCACACUCUGGCGACUAAAGUGAGAGCGAUUGAGUGAUGGAGAGUCUCGUUCGUCUGUGUGAUGCUCGACUCUUCUGAUUUGUGACACAUCCGAUCACAUCUUUUUGUCUUUCCAACUUGCCCUUGAUUUAGUUGCUUGUGUGAACCGAACUUAAGUCUGUCAGACAAAUGACUGGAUGCUUUUGUAUUCAAAGAUCUAAUGUGUUGUUGACUUUUGUACAGAAUUCAUUACAUUGUAAAUAUAAUGACGAUUAUUGCACAGAUUCAUUUGAUUGUUUUAAGUCUUUGAGACACAGCUUUUCCCUUAUCCUGAUUCGACCUGGUCGGUUGUGGAAUACCAAAAGAUUUUAUCAUUAGAUUCAAAUUCAUUGGCUUUAGAUCCAUCUACUAGUACAUGUAUAUUGAAUAACAGAUUUUAAUUUAGGGAAGGUUGAGAUCAGAUCUGUGUUCGAAAUAUUUGUGAUGGCAAUUUUUUGUAAACAAUGUGCCUGUAAACCCCAUUAUUUUCUUGUGCCUUUUAUUUCUAUGCUUCUUCUGUGAAGGGUUAAUGGUUUUCGAACCAUCCAUUCGUUCCCAUUCUGGGAGUUGGGGCUUAAAGGCACACUGCCUCUGAAAGAAUUCGUAAAUUUUCAAAUCAUGUACAAACCGAGGAGAGAAAAAUAUCCACGGCGUCAUGAACAGUCAUCAAACUAUACGCUAUACUUACUUUGUUGUAUUGGAUUGUCUGAAUUGCACAUCUGGUAUGUUGAUGUCUACUUUAUAAUCAUGAUUGGGUCAAUAUUUACACAGCUUCAUAUGUAGUAGGAUUUUGAAACUUGGUUGUCCAGGGCCUUGGAUGUAAUGGGGUUCACAGCGGCAGUAAGAAGUACGCUUUAUAUCCUGAUAAUGUGAAAUAUCCUGAAAUUGUUGGUCGAUAUUGUGAUUGUGGUUUUGCCCUUUUUGCGCAUAGAUGUUGAAAAUUGAUAAUUUUAUUAGGAUCUUUGUUUAAAUCGAUGGUAACUUUUUAAGACAAUUUUUAUUGCAUUACUAAGAUAACAAUGAUACUAGCUAUUUGCCUUCAAGGAUUCUAGGUACUUCAUAUUGUAUAGAAUAUUGUGAUCUUUCAUGUUAAAACUAACCAGUUUAUUGAGCAACUGACCGAGUCGCUAAGUAUCGACGGAGGUGUACAGUCCAAGUCACAAUUGACAUCCUUCCUGCUUCACAUCAGUUAUGCGCAGCAUACUGGCGAGUUGCACGCCAAUGACGCACCAGUGACCCGCUUAUCCCUCUGUUUCGCGUGUAUUACGGUGACCUAUAUAGGAUUUACCCGCGACCUACUCGCUAUUGGUGUGUCAAUUACGCGAAUUUAAAGGGAUGUCAAUUGUGAAUUGGACUGCCCAGGUCAACACUAUUAGGGAGCAUCUCAAUGUAUGAAAUUGAUGAGGGUUUAGGAAAAAGAAGCUUACUAAAUAAUGAGGAUACUGGUUCUGCAUAGCAUGGACCAUGUCAAAACCAAAAUAGGACUUUCCUUCAAAAACUGGUCAGGGUCCAUUGUUCAAAACAUAGUAGCUAUAACUUGGCGUUAAUUCUAACUGAAGGAAAUAACACAGAGUUGUAGUUAACGCCAAGUUUGUGACAUAACUUGUUUCGAACAAUCUGGCCCAGGACACCUAAUUAAAAAGCAUCUUCAAGGUCAAGUUGUCAAUACUUCUGGUGAAAUUACUAUAUCUAUUUUGCAUAUGAUUUGUACUUUGACUUGUGAAUAUGAAAAUUGUCUGAAUAAAUGAUAGUUCUUAUGAUAAACAAA